AUCUUCUUGCUUUUUUUUUUCUUCUAAAUAGCUCUCUUAACUCUCUAUUCAACUAUUAGCUUUGAGGUUAAGUUUAUGUCUGUGUCUAGGAACAGAUUAGUAAUACGGCUGCGAAUGGUAUGUUUUUGAUAGUCUUGGGGGCAUUUCAGUUUUGUGAUUUUGGACCACGAGAUUUAGAUUAUUAGAUCACGAGACCACGUUUUUUCUCCUUCGUCCAUUUUCAUUUUUAUGAUGUUGUCUUCACUGAAUUUGCAAGUGUUGGAAUCUACUGCUAACUUUUCAUCCGUAUGUGUGCAAUUAUACGUUGUAUCUGUUUCAUUGCAGAUACUAAAUUUGUAUCUGGAAAUGGUAGAGCCGAGCUAGUAAAAUUCAUCGCUGAUAGGCAUACCAAACUCAUGAAACAAGCCGCUCGAUAUUAUUCCGCACUUAAAGAUGCUAUUGCUCGUGGGAGAAGAAGAUAUUCACUUGUAAAAGAUGUAGAUGAUAUGGAAACAGGAGCAUAUGACAAACCUCUUCCAUGUUUUGGUUGUGGAAUCGGAUGGUUCUCCUUUCUCCUAGGAUUUAUGUUCCCACCUUUGUGGUACUAUGCUGCAUAUCUUUAUUUCGGGAACUAUUAUCGUAAAGAUCCUAGAGAAAGAGCCGGUCUUGCUGCUUCCGCAAUCACUGCGAUGGGAUUCUCUCUUGUGUUAGUCGUGAUUUUUGCUGUCCGGUGGUUUUACUAUCCUUAAGAUAUACUACAAGACUAUGUAGCUUUCAUUCAUACCUAUAAGUUUCAGUGUUCAUCAAGGUAUAGUCACCGAACUCAUGUACAUUCACAUAAACCAAUGAUUUUACUUACACAUUUUUAUCAAGUUGUGUAUAAUUUUUUUGCUCACAACAUAGAGAGUUUGUAUACGAACAAAGAACAGAAAGAAAACAACAACAACAUAUGGUUAAUGGUUGUAUUGUCGCUACAUUAUUUUGGCUGUGGUUAUUAUUCUCAACUGUACAAUAAAGUCAGCGAAAUUGGAUUA